CUGAGAAAUUUCUUUCUUUUCCUUUCGACCAACCACCAGCGAAGAUGACACGAUAGCUUUACCUACAAAGCUCUGAAACGCGCCGCCUUCUGCUGCCUGGUUCGCUCAAUCACUCAUUCCCUAGCAUCAAAAAUCGAUAAAAGAAGUCUGGAAUCACGACUCGUUCUUUUUCAUUUUUUAGAGGCACAAAAAGGGGUGACUGACCUGAGCAAUUGGGGAUUUUCUCUCUUUUUUCUUUUCUUUUCGUAAAUCAUGGUUCAGCUCUCAGUUGAUGGCUACUGGCGGAUCCCGCCCAUCACUCGGUUCGCAGUGACUUGGACCGUCGUCGUGUCGCUUGGAGCGUGGAUCGGCUUCAUCGACCUCGGCUACUUUGUGUACUAUACACCCUAUGUCUUCAGCUUCCCGCCUCAGAUAUGGCGCCUGGUUACAGGCUUCCUCUGGGCGAGCAAAGGGCUGCCGCUCAUCUUUGACACGUAUUUCCUUUACGUCUGGCUUCGGGCCCUGGAAACAGGUCACCCUCGCCUGCCCCGCCGAGCCGAUGUCAUUUGGUAUCUCAUGUUCGUGGGGGCAACUAUCCUGGCCCUAGACUAUUUCCUUGCCUUGGCGUUCGAAUAUCGAUAUAUUAAACCCCUCACUGUUGCCUUGUGCUACACCGUCACCCAGCAGCAGCAGGGCAUGAAGGGCCACUUUGUUAUCUUUGAAGUUCCGGCUCCCUUGAUGCCCUAUGGCAUGAUUGCCAUGAACUUGUUCUAUAACGAUAUGAAUGGCCUAUUUUUUGAUCUAUAUGGCCUGCUUGCCGGCCAUUUGUAUGAGUUCCUGACCAAGGUCUGGCCUCGUGCUGGCGGCGGCUUCAACCCUAUUCCCACGCCACCCAUCAUUGAAUCCAUCGUCCAGUGGUUCGACGGCAAUGGUCGCAUGAACAACCGAUCCUGGGGUACCAUGUUUAGCCCUAGAGCCGACAGUGACUCGUCUGCCACCACUUCUGGUGCCAAUGUCGGUCCUCUCCCUGAUUCUUGGAGAACCAGAGGAGCUGGUCGCCGCCUUGGCUCGUAGAUUGCAGCCACGACAGUCCAAUGUAAUAUUAGGGAGGUGCAUCGUAAGAAUAGGAAUGAAUAUAUCAAUGUUAUAUUGAAUAAGAUAUGUUAAAAAUCUUUCCAAAAAAA